UUAAUAUUAUACGAUAAACUUCUAUUUUUGAAUCUUUUAUUAAAGUUACGUUGGUGUGCAGUAGUAUUUAAAAGGAGUUGCACGGUAACAACCCUGUUGUUGUUAAAUGUAUUUACCGGCAUUAGCCCAUUUGAUGCUAACACGUAUUGGCUUAAAUCAAUUGUUGAUAUAAUUUUAACUUUCAAAUCAAUUAGUUUGUUUUUUAUAACGGAAGAGAUAAAAUGGAAUUAAGGAAAAGCAUACCAUUACUGAUACUUUUAGCAGUUAACGUUUUUGCUCUUGCGACAGAAGAUGAUGGUUAUUGUCAUUCAUUUGCAGGUGGUUCAGUUUAUCCAGCUGGAGCACCAAAAGGUGAUCACAAAUUACAAACUACAAAAGCAGUUAUUUCGAAACCCGCCCCACAUUUUGAAGGCACAGCUGUGGUUAAUAAAGAAAUUGUACAAUUAUCGCUUUCACAAUUUGCUGGCAAAUACGUAGUGCUAUUAUUCUACCCACUUGAUUUCACCUUUGUUUGUCCCACCGAAAUCAUUGCAUUUUCAGAUCGUGUUGAAGAAUUCCGUAAAAUAAAUACUGAGGUGAUAGCUUGUAGUGUCGAUUCACACUUUACGCAUUUAGCUUGGAUUAAUACACCACGUAAAGAAGGUGGCUUAGGAAAUGUGAAAAUACCAUUACUCGCAGACUUGACACACAAGAUCAGUAAGGACUAUGGUGUAUACUUGGAUGACUUAGGCCAUACGUUACGUGGGCUUUUCAUUAUUGAUCAUCGUGGUGUUUUGCGACAAAUAACAAUGAAUGAUUUACCUGUGGGACGUUCAGUAGAUGAAACAAUACGUUUGGUACAAGCAUUCCAAUAUACAGACACACAUGGUGAAGUAUGCCCAGCUGGUUGGAAACCUGGCGCUGAUACAAUUGUACCAAAUCCGAAAGAGAAAACAAAGUAUUUUGAGAAGAAUAAUUAAAUUUACAAGUGAACACAGAGUACUUCUAUUUUUUAGUAGUUUUUUCAAAUUUGAGAUUUUUUUAAACAUAUAAUAAACCAUGACUUAUAUAAAAUAACAAA